GUAACUGGUUCUAGGAUGGUCAGUGCCUAGAAACCGCUCUUCUUUGAAAGGAAUUAUCGCCUGAUCAGGUUCUCGCUGCACUGUCUCUUUAGAUUAUGAAAUGUGGCUCAGAGUCUUUACUGCUUUUCUUUCCUUUAUAACAGGUGCUUGCUCGGGGCUGAAGGUGGUGGUGCCAUCACACACCGUCCAUGGCAUCAGGGGUCAGGCCCUCUACCUCCCUGUACACUACGGAUUCCACACUCCAGCAUCAGGCAUCCAGAUCAUAUGGCUGUUUGAGAGACACCACACGAUGCCCAAAUACCUGCUGGGCUCUGUAAACAAGUCUGUGGUUCCCGACUUGGAAUACCAACACAAGUUCACCAUGAGGCCGCCCAACGCAUCCCUGCUCAUCAACCCACUGCAGUUCACUGACGAAGGCAACUACAUCGUGAAGGUCAACAUUCAGGGAAAUGGAACUCUCUCAGCGAGUCAGAAGAUCCAAGUCACUGUUGAUGACCCUGUCACAAAACCAGUGGUGCAGAUCCAGCCUUCCUCUGGGGCUGUGGAGUAUGUGGGGAACAUGACCCUGACAUGCCUUGUGGAAGAAGGCACCCGGCUGGCUUACCAGUGGUUAAAAAAUGGAAAACCUGUCCAUACCAGCUCCACCAACUCCUUUUCUCCCCAAAACAACGUUCUUCAUAUUGCUCCAGUGACCAAAGAAGACAUUGGGAAUUACAGCUGCCUGGUGAAGAACCCUGUCAGUGAGAUGGAAAGUAACACCAUUAUGCCCACCAUAUAUUAUGGACCUUACGGACUUCGAGUUAAUUCUGAUAAAGGACUAAAAGUAGGGGAAGUAUUCACUGUUGAAAUUGGAGAAGCCAUCCUGUUUGAUUGCUCUGCUGAUUCGUAUCCUCCCAACACCUACUCCUGGAUCCAGAGGACUGACAAUGCAACAUAUGUCAUUAAACAUGGGCCUCACUUGGAAGUUGCAUCUGAGAAAGUAGACCAGAAGACAACUGACUAUGUGUGCUGUGCUUACAACAACGUAACUGGAAGGCAAGAUGAAACUCGUUUCACAGUCAUUAUCACUUCUGUAGGACUGGAGAAGCUUGCACAAAAAGGGAAGUCACUGUCCCCUUUAGCAAGUAUAACUGGAAUAUCACUCUUUUUGAUUAUAUCCAUGUGUCUUCUUCUCCUAUGGAAAAAAUACCAACCCUACAAAGUAAUAAGACAGAAGCUAGACAGCAGGCCAGAAACAGAAUACAGAAAAGCACGAACAUUUUCAGGCCAUGAAGAUGCUCUGGAUGACUUCGGAAUAUAUGAAUUUGUUGCUUUUCCAGAUGCUUCUGGCGUUCCCAGGAUGCCCAGUAGGUCUGUUCCAGCCUCUGAUGGUGUAUCAGGGCAAGACUUGCACAAUACAAUUUAUGAAGUUAUUCAGCACAUCCCUGCCCAACAGCAAGACCACCUAGAGUGAGCACUGGUGGGCAAGCAGUACACUGGAGUGAAACAAUGAAGGAACAUUUUGAGGAAAAACAGUGGGAAUGUAUAUUCAUCCGGAAUCAGUGAAGAAAUCAAGCCCAAUACAGCUUGAUCCCUUUAAACGCAGGCUAGAGACAUUUAUAAAAAUUGGACUGCUGGUUUCCCAGCACACACAGAAUGCAUUCUGCUAUAGAGGAGCAUGGCUGGGCAAUGUCCUUGGUGGACAGUUUUAUCAUGCUGAC